UUCCUCGAGUUGCAUUCUUGUCUAUAUAAACAACUCAAUUGCUUCACUUCCUCCCAUCACAUCCUCUAUAGUUUCCUCACUCGUGCUACCUGCUGCCCGCUGCUGUUUCAAUCUUGAUCAAGCCAUUGAAAAUGGAAUGCCUUGGAUACACCAUAGUGAUUCUUCUUACAAUGUUAAAGAUUGUCAAGGGUUAUGGCACUGGGUGGACUGGUGCCCAUGCAACAUUCUAUGGAGGAGGUGAUGCAUCUGGAACAAUGGGUGGUGCUUGUGGAUAUGGGAAUCUCUAUAGCCAGGGGUAUGGGACAAACACAGCUGCACUGAGUACCGCUCUCUUCAACAAUGGCUUGAGCUGUGGAGCCUGCUAUGAGAUUAAGUGUGUAAAUGACAAUAUUUGGUGCUUACGAGGGUCCAUUAUUGUCACAGCCACUAAUUUUUGCCCACCAAACAAUGCUCUUCCUAAUAAUGACGGAGGGUGGUGUAACCCUCCCCAGCAACACUUUGAUCUUUCUCAGCCUGUUUUCCAAAAGAUCGCCCAGUAUAAAGCCGGAAUAGUGCCUGUCCAGUACAGAAGGGUUGCUUGCAGAAAGAGUGGUGGCAUCAGAUUCACGAUUAAUGGGCACUCCUACUUUAAUCUGGUGCUGAUAACAAAUGUGGCAGGAGCUGGUGAUGUAGUCGCGGUCUCCAUAAAAGGGACUAAAAGCAAUUGGCAGGCAAUGUCCAGGAACUGGGGCCAGAACUGGCAGAGCAACACCUAUCUGAAUAAUCAAGCCCUCUCUUUCAAGGUCACAACCAGUGAUGGACGAACGGUGGUUUCCAACAACGUGGCUCCAUCCAACUGGGCUUUUGGCCAAACCUACACGGGAAGGCAGUUCUAACUUCCCAAUCCCACACCUUAAUCUAAUAAGAGCAAACCAAAAUCACAAUUUCAAGCAUUCAAAUUAAACCCUAGCUUUUACCUUUAACUAAACUUCCCUUUAAGUACCUUUUGCCUGUCCUGUUAGUUACUAUAUAGUAUGUCCUUGUUUAGUGUUACUAGUAUAUAUGGUGUUUUAAACGUGACAUGCAUGGCGGGGUUCUUUUGAAAAUGCCCCCAUACAUAUCAGUUUUUGCCUGACUUUCGUGGCGUUGUUGGGCUUUAAUUUGCUUUACUGGAGGAAGAAUCAACCUCUACAUCAAGGGGUCUCCUCGGUCUGCAUAGUGCAUCUACUGGUAUUAAUAAUUAGAUAACCUCUAGCAUAGCAACUUGAGCUAAGUGUAAGGGGUGUUGUGUUUGUUUCUGUUAUGUAUGGACACAAACUGGCUGCUGGCUGCCAUGUUGAUUUCUGGAAUUUCCUAACAGUUUCUUCUUUUGUUGAAAGCUCGGCUGAGGUGAACAAAAGUUUUUCACCCGCCCAAAGACGGAAUCCUUUUGAAAUAGGGAUAUAUGUGUGUGGUUUCAGACCUGUAACAGAGUUAAUUACUACAAAGAGAGGAAAUGAAGAGAUGUCCAAGGGCGAUCUUUUUUCUGCUCAGGCAUUGAGUGAGUUGUAAUUAGGAGUUGUUGUUAAUGCAUACACAGCUUCCUAUGCAUCUUGAACUUCGAUAGUAAUUAUAAAAGAAGAUAAGUAUUGGAGCGUGGUUUGUUUA